AUGUCUUGUUACGUUCCAGUCUCUAUUGAGCUUUGUGCAAGUGCUUUUUCUAUUGAGCUUCGUGCCAGCGUUAUUGAGUUCCAAAGGGUGACGAAGUCGGGCUCCUACAACCUCCACAUGGUGUCACCCGGGGACCUGGUAAUGCAGGAGACGCGCCCAAGGUGCUGGUUACAAAUUGUUGGAGUUAACAAAACUGCCCAACGAGAUUGCCUCAAUACAGUGGUCUUUGACAACGCCCUUGAUAUUGGCUGCAUCGUCGAUUACGGUGGGCAUGACUGGUACAGCGACGGCAGGACAAAAUAA